AUGGAGACAAGGCAGAUGAAGAAGGUGAGGCGAAGAGAGCCGUGGAAUGCCAUUGGCGUUGAUGAGAGAAGAGGAGAAUCGGUAGAGACCAGCUUUGAUAUGAAGCUUGAAGAGAAAAACGAUCGAGCCAAUUGUAAAUUGCACCGCAAAGAUG